AUGCCCGUCCGCCACAUUGUCCUCUUCGGCUUCAAGCCAGACGCCAGCCCCGACUCCAUCAAGCAGUGCUGCGACGAAAUGCUGCGUCUAAAGGAGCAGUGCGUCCUCGCGUCCACGGGCGAGACCUACAUUACCGCCUCAAGCGGCGGAAAGGACGUCUCCAUCGAGGGCCUCCAGAACGGCUUCACCCACGCCUUCGUCGUCGAGUUCGCCUCGGCGGCCGACCGCGACUUUUACGUCAACGAGGACAAGGCCCACCAUGCCUUUGUCGACAGGUGGAUCAAGUCGGCGGACGGCAUCGCCGCCAAGGCCAUGGUUGUGGACUUUGCUCCGGGGUCGUUCUAG